CAACUGAGGUUUGCUAUUACAGAGAUUAGCAAUAAGGAUUUGGUCUCUGUUCAACGACUAUGGCCUCCUUCCAAUCAAGUGAGCCAUGAUCAUGACAAUCUGCGAACCGCUAGAGCUCGAACGCCGGUAGAUGCGAAGGCCGGUGCAGCAUCAGAAAGGCAUCCUGGCAAAGCGACAUCUCCAUAUGUUGUGCGAACAGCCAUCAAAGAUUCGAUGUCACCAACACCUGGAGUGAUAACCGCCAUGGAAGAGACGAUGUCGCCGACACCAGGAGUCGUCACUGCUGUAGAAGAGACAAUGACCCCCACCAGAGGAGUUGAUACGGCCAAACAAGUUUCUACAACACCAAGAAAGGAAGCAGAGUUUUCGAGAACACCACAAACAGCCAGUACCCGUACAGCUCUUCCGAAUUUCUCACCCUCGGUAGAUGUCACAACAGCUCAUAGCAUCGAGAGUAGAGGCAGCACCCGUACAGCCCUUCCAAAUUUCACACCUUCAAAAGAUGUCACAACAGCUUACAGCAUCGACAGUAGAGGUAGUACCCGUACAGCU